CACUUACGAUGGGAGGUUAACGGUGGCUGCAGCAGAGAGAGAGAGAGAGAGAGAGAGAGAGAGGGCUGAACCGAUGCGCAAAAACGAGAUGCCGGAGCAGCGCGUGCGGGAGGAAGCGUCCAGGUCCAGUUCAGCAUCCACUCAGGUUUCCCCUCACCUCCACGGCGAUCCCAGAUCAUAUGAAGAACAUAUGAAGAUGUUUUGGGCAUCAUCUCAGGAAUCCGAGAUUUGCAUCUCCAGGAGUGCGUUAGACCCCCGACUGUGAGACUCCUGGACUGUGGAUUUAAAGGGAAUUGAUGCCUGUUGAAGCUUCAACUAUUUUACCCAAAAACAACUCCUGGAAAUCUGGAUGUAGUUUCUGAUCUAAGGGCAUCGAGUUCAGAAAGCGUCGAGCAGCAUCAGUAUCAGCCGAAGCAGCAGAAAGAGCAGUAUCACAGUGGCUCCCCCUUCAGGCCUGUCUGUAGAGGUGCCGCAUGGCCGAGAGCCCGACACGCUGCAGCACGCAGGAGCACGUCCAGAAGGUGAAGUCAGAGUCAAGCAGAAAAACACAUGAGAUGGAGGUCAAAGGUCACCUGAUCACCGGGCCUGAGCUGCAGGGCACCCCAGACAAUAAGCAGCGUGCUGAGCGAAUGGUGGAGCUGCAGGAGAGACGGAGGAGCCUUCAGGCUUUACUUAACACCCGUCUGGCUGAGCUCAGGCGUGUGUGUCUCCAGGAGGCGGAACUGACUGGAGAACUUCCCGGCGAGUUUCCUUUGGAAGCAGGAGAAAAUCCUCCUCAUGUGCGGAGGAGAGUCGGUCCGGCUCGCUCCGGCUCCAAGAACAAUUUAAAAAUCGAGGAGGAAGACGCGAAUCAGCGCAAAACGAAAAAGACUCUGUUCAGCGGCACCCUCCGCAGGCACACCGAGGCGGAGCAACAGCUGGUACACGGAAAGAGGACGACGGUUCACAGGGGAUGUCACACAGAGAACACCGUGAGGUCAGAGAGCAGCUCCACGUCCAAUUCCACCAGCCAGGAGAACGAGGACGUCUCUGAUGGUCCGUCUCCUUCUCAGCACCGACUGGUCCCGGGGAGCCCAGACAGCAGGUUCUGUCGGAAACUCUCCCCCGUGGAGAUCUACUACGAGAUGAAAGCCAGACGCAACUCGGUGUCCAGCUCAGCAAGCCCGAACCGCUCUCUCCCUCGGAGCAUAUCCAAUCUGGAGGGCCGGAGCGUCCCGGCAACACCCCAGUUGACCCGAAAUGGGCCGAUUGGUGUGCAUAUCAGGUCUGAAUCGUCCAGCAGCACCUCGGCGUUGAAGCAGCGAUCUGAGAAUCCCGAAAUGCUGCCUGUUCCAUCUCAGGACACUUUAUCCUCUGGGCACUUGGGGAGCUCGUACAGCGCUCAGACACGACGCAGUAACAGCUCCGACGCGCUCCUGGACCGCUGUGUGGACGAAAGUCAGCUAUCGGGUCCUAUGACUCGAAACGGGUCUCAUAAGAGCUCGGAGGCGCUGCUGGACGGCCGUUUGAAGCAGACGAACGGACACGGCGAGUUGACCCGCGUCCGCUCCGUGUCGGGUGGCCGUGGUACGAGCAGCUCCGGCGGAGGCUACAGUGAUGUCCUGCUGGACUAUGUGUGGGGGAAGCAGCAGAAGAUGCAGCAGAUGGCACAGCAACAACAGCAGCAGCAGCAACAGCAGCAGCAGAGGCUACAGGCUCACAACAGUAUAAAAGCACGGGCCUGGCACGAAGUGCCCUCAAUACCCCCUCCACCUUACAUGAAUGGAUUCUCCUCAUCUCAGGGUGUGAUUCUGAGCUCAGGACCACCAGCUUACAGCCCACUGAUGCUACGGGGAAAACCGGGCGAACCUCGGCGGGUCAAGGUGAGCCGAACCAAAUCCUGCGGGCCUUUUAUUCCCGUGCAGCAAGGCUACACGGAGAUCCCUGUAGCUAACGGACACAACGCGAUGGGACACUUGCAGCCACGGCAAAGACCCCCAAACUACAACACCGAGUUGUCUUCGGGCUCCGGACCGCAGGACGAACCUACACGCCACCUGCACAAAGCCCUGGCGCUCGAAGGGCUGAGAGACUGGUACCUACGCAAUGCGCUGGGGCAGCCAGGAACGUGCACGGGGAAAAGCCAGGAGGGGGCGCCAUCUCAGCGCAGGCGAACCACAGCCUCGCUGCACCCUAUACACCCACCACUUAAACAACAGGCCCAGUCGUUUCAGGGAGACACGCCGUACACACACAUGUCCCAGUCUGCUACGUUCCACGGACAUCCGUUACGGUCUGCGGAUUUGUCUUCGUACCAAGACACCUUCUCUUCCAAAAUGGAGGACCUGGCUUUGAAGGAGACGAAUAAUGACAGACCAAGCCCAGGCACACUCGUCUAGCAAACACACACACACACACACACACACACAGAAGUGUGUAUAAACACUGGGCGCAGAAAAGCGGCGCAAUGAGAACGGACUCGUUUUACAAACAACAGAUUCCUAGAACUUUACCACACGUUCCCGCUCUCACAACAUUACACUUUGGAGUCGGAAAAAAGAACCCAGACGGACAACGAAAACACGUUUCGAAUCAUUUUGUUCAGCCGUUUUAACACGUUUUUUUUUUUAAGUACGAUCACGGAGAAGACCCGAGCCGGGCGACUCUUCCUGAGGUAGCACAUCGUCUUCAAAUCAUGAAUCACGUCUCUGUUAUUCGCUCUGUAAUCGCUCCGAUAUUCUGUAUUUAUCAUCUAGUGAAAUCAGUAUUGGAUUUUCAGGUCUUUCUCUAUAUAGCAACUCAGAUGACCUCUUUUUUUAAUGAAAAAAUAGGGGGUCAGGAUCUUUUCUAAUCAAUCUUUACAAAAAAAGAAUCCUAUGCAAAUCAUAAUCGAGAUGACUAAGGGGAAAGAAAACAAAUGGGUGGACUUUGAUAUGUGAUUGUUUCCAUUUUCUAACAAAAAUCGUUCAACCAAAUCGUGAAAAAAAAUACGAUUUGUAUGGAUAUGGAUUUCUUAAGUAUUAAACCAAUUUUCAAUUCUGAA